UGGUCAUGAAACGGAAUGAGCCACGUACGUUUGGAUCACAUUCAAGACAUUAUAUCUUACUCAAGUACUGUUGGACUAACGCGCCACAGUCUACGGUAUUUCACCAUGCCAGAAAGAAACAAACUCCAAGACAUUCUAGGGCUUCGAGAGUUUUCCAACAAAAAGUUCCUGGGAAAGGCGUUAUUGGCAGAAUUCAUCGGCACAGCCGUACUGGUCUUAAUCGGUUGUGGCUCCUGCACUAAGGGUUGGGACACGGGCUAUUCUCCGACCAUUGUCCAAAUAGCUCUAGCCUUCGGUGUGACCGUAGGAACAGCAGUUCAAUUUAUUGGUCACAUCAGUGGAGGUCAUAUUAACCCGGCGGUUACCGUGGCGUUUUUGAUAACCAGAAAAAUAUCCAUCUUUCGUGCAGUUCUUUACAUUGUUGUCCAGUGCUUGGGGGCGAUUGUCGGUGCUUCUGUACUAAAAGGAGUCACCCCUAUUAAACAGCAAGGAGACUUAGGAGCGACGCUUGUUCACAAUAACCUGAGCGCCGUCCAAGGUUUCAUCGUUGAACUUUUCAUCACUUUUGUAUUGGUUUUCACUGUAUUCUCCUGUUGUGAUACAAACAGACAAGACAUCAAGGGAUCUACUCCUUUAGCCAUCGGCCUCUCGGUGGCAACUUGCCACAUGUUUGCUAUCAAAUACACUGGAUCAAGUAUGAAUUCAGCUCGAUCAUUUGGACCUGCUGUCAUAGCCGACGUCUGGCUACAUCACUGGGUGUACUGGAUAGGGCCUGUUCUUGGAGGCGUUGUGGCAGGGCUCUUGUACGAGCACGUUUUUGCUGCUUCAGCGCCACCUAAUGACGAACUUGACAACUUGGAAAUAGCAGAACUCAGAUAAUAAGAAGUCAGAAGUGAAAGGCAAUUUCUUCAUUUAAAAACAAUAUGUUUUUAUUAUUUUCUCAAGAAAUAAAGUGUUUCUAUAAUCUAACAUAUUUUAUAUUCAUAUACGUUUUUCUGCUAUGGAUAGUUAAAAAAAACAGUAUUUUAUUUCUCUAUUGUUCAUGAAAUAAACAUUUAUGACUAUUUUGCAAGAAUAAUUUA